AUGCUUCCUUUGCUGCGCUGCGUGCCCCGCGUGCUGGGUUCCGCCGCCGCGGGUCUCCGCGCCGCCGCGCCGUCCGCCCCGCUGCGGCCGCUGCUGCAGUUCGCGCCGCGGCCCUGCAUCCGACCCUUUGGGCUCCUCGGCGUGCGCGCGGGGUCCGAGCGGCGGCCCAGCCUCCUGCAGCCUCGCGGGCCCUGCGGCUGCGGCUGCGGCUGCGGCGGGCUGCACACCGAAGGGGACAAAGCUUUUGUUGAAUUUCUGAGCGAUGAAAUUAAGGAGGAGAAGAAGAUACAGAAGCAUAAGUCCCUUCCUAAGAUGUCUGGAGGUUGA